UACGCUUCAGAAGAAGGAAACACCCCGCAAACUGAAGCUGUUGUUUCCCUUUCCGGAGGAAUCGUGUCUUUCACCAAUACAAAGCCAAAAUGCUAACUCCGCUGGCACGGCUUGCGCCAGUUUUGCCCCGUUUCAGCUCUCGUUUACUGGUUCGGUGCGUGUCCCAGUCGAAGCCGAGCGGUGCUGCCGGUGCGACUGCCGUGACCGAUCUACAGCAGGCUGCACCGAGUGGCAGCCAUGAAGAGGUCAGCCGUUUUGUCAAGAAUCCUGAUUACCAUGGCUUCUCCAGUGACCCAGUGGUUGAUGAAUGGAACAUGAGACUGGGGUUCUUCUUUGCCAUCUCUGUGUGUAUUGUCAUUGGAGGAACUUUCAUUCACUACUUACCAGACCAUGGGAUGCGCCAGUGGGCCAGAAGGGAAGCUGAACGCGUGAUUAUACAGAGAGAGAAAGAGGGUUUGCCUCUGAUAGAUGAAAACUAUUAUGACCCCAGCAAAAUUGUUCUGCCCAGUGCUGGAGAGGAAUAGAAUGUACAACCAUCCACUUAAUUUGUUUCAAGAAUAUUUUAUUUCACCAUGAAUUGUCGGUUUCUGUAAAUAUAGUGUGUGAACUAUGACUCUCAAAUAAAAUGUUGUCAAUAACCUGGCAUUAUAAAGUACUAAAAGUAAAUCGAAGGGACUAAUUUUGAAACAAAUGCUCAGUUCCUAACACUGAUGUUCGAAAUUCACAGGAUUAUCUGUUUUGUAAUCUGUCAAGAGAAAAAAAGUCAUUACCGUUCUACCAAUUAAACACAUUACUUUGG